AUGAUCCGAACCUGGAAAAGCACCGAUGCGGCCUUCUCCGCUCUCAACACGCAGCCGGACAACAUGCUGAACCACAAGGAGUUUGUGGAUGGCCUCACGAAAGCUGGAUGUUGCAAGCCUAAAAGGCCGGCUCCUCGCCUCCUCGCUCGACCGCGACCCCGAGGUACUACGAGCUCGGCACGCUUGAUGCCCAGCCCUCGGAGCGAGGAUGAGGAGGAUGCCACACAGCUCGAGACGCUCUCCAGUGUCUUCCGAUACUUGGAUACCUCUCAUGAUGGCGAUAUCUCACGAAAGGAGUUCGAAACACUGGAGAGAGUGUGGCGCGAGCUGCACCAGUCGAUUUACGAGCUCCUUGGCAGAGAUUUGGUGGGGCGACCGGUGCGGGGCGGUUGGAGGAAGCUCGAAACUUUGACCAGCUGGACCACUGCCACGUUGUUGGUAGUUGAAUGA